UAUUAUAGUUGGUUACGCACCGAUUUAAACGCAACCCAACCAAAGCAAAGCAUCACAAGAAAGAAAGAAAACCAUUCGUAAGGAUUAUAUAUACAAAUACAUAUACAUACGAUUCAGCAUUCAAGCUGAAAUCCAUCCACAUCUUCAAAAAUGGCCAUGGUGGAAACAAGUCCUAACUAUGCCUUUUGGCAAGAGGAGCAACUGAGAAGAUUAGACAUGGAAGAUUACUGGGCACGUAGGGAACAAGAGCUUCUCCCACCCGUCCGCGCACCGCAGGGACAUCUCCCGACGUUGGAGAUGAAAAGAGAUGAAUGGGCUGCGCUCUAUCGACCCAUCAUGGAAGGUAUAGAGAGGAAUCAGGGAGUAAUUGAUAAAAAUGGUGUAGAAUUUAUCGGGCAGCAAUGUGUCAAGAUGAGAGAAUUACUCUUGAGGACGCAUCGGCAGACUCUUCAAUAUCGAGCUAAAGGACGCGUGUGGAGGGGUUUGCGAAAUCGUUCUGAGCAGUAUCUUUUGGAGUUUCGGAGAGCAACGCAGUAUUACUUUGCGAAUCAGAAGGAUGGUGGAGAUCAGAAGAUGGAUCCGGCUAUUUUUCAAACCGCCGUUGCGGAUUUUCAUGCCGCGCUUACUACUACGCUUAGGGUUCUUCGUAUGGCUUUGGGAGAGGAAGAGAUUCAGGUGGAAGCUAAUGAAGUUGAUUAUGAUUCGGAUGGCGGGGAGCCUAUCAUUAAUCUGAGGAUUAAUUAUAGUACACCUCAGCCAUUCAGUGAUCUUGUACAAGGGAUCAUCGAGAUGACAAAUUUGGCACAAAAAAGAGGAAUGAAUAAGUCUGGGGCUGUUGCUAUAAUUCGAGAAGAAUCGAUAGAAGAGAAGGGGAGACUACUGGAGAGAGUGAAAGAUCAGACCGAAGAGAUUGAGAAGUUGGAGAGACAAAGGCAAGAUUUAGUCAAUGCACGAGGUGCCCCUCCGCCUGGUUCAAAUUGUGCAAGGGAGAAAGCCGAAAUCGAUCGUUUGGAUAAUGAAUUGAGUAAAGCGUGGGCAAAACAAGAAGAACUGAAACGACAAUGUGAUCAACAAACCGAAUAUAUCGAGGCCUUAUCAAGAGGCCAUAGGCCCGUGGAGGCCCGAGGCGACGAAGCAGAUGGUGUUCAUCUCUCCAACACCAUCUUUGACGAAUUGUGCAAACAUUUCGAAGGCUACCAUGAUAACGCAGAGCAAUCUUUAGCCAGGGUCAAAAUGCUCGAGGACAGUUUGCGAAGUGUCAUACUUCAUCCCGACGAAGAGCAGAGGAAAAAAAUGAGUGAAAAGUUGAAAGAAGAGUUGGCCAAAACCCGAACUCUUAUGACUGCUAAAAAUACCCUCGUUUCCGAUCUACGAAGACAAUUAAUUGAUGCUAAGUCAGCCCUCAAAAUAUUGCGAGAGAGCCGCCAUGGGGCAUCGGGGAAACUGGAGGAAGUGAUCGCGCAAAGGGAUGAUGCUGUUCAAAAGUACGAGUCGGUCAUGAGACUGGAGGCUCACUUAAAAGAGAAUGGAGCUGGUAUUUCGAAGGAGGUAAGGACCAGAUUAGAGGAAGAGUUGAACGUUUACGCAGCGAGGAUUACGGAAUAUGAAAAAGAUUUCUAUCUUGCAAAGAAGAGCGUAGAAGAUCUUCAGCAACAAAUUGUGGAUAGAGAUGCACAAAUUAGAGGUUUGAAAGCCAUGCUUGAGUAUGAUCGUGAUGCAAGCAGAGAUCGACAGGAAAUCCAGGAUCUCAGAGAGAGAAUUAUCGGCAUGACGCAUCUUACCGACAAUUUACUCGCUAAAAAGGCUAUGGAGGAUUAUGUGGAUCUGGUUGAUCCCGAUUACCACACUAGCGAAGCCGAUCAAAAGGAGAUGGAUCGUCUCAGAAAAGAACUGGAAGACUACAAGGAUGUAAAUGUUAAAAACGCCCAAGAACUGAACGAAACGAUAGCAAGUUUACGAACAGAAAUUGCAAAGUAUCAAAAAACCAUCGCUACUCUACAAGCUGAAAAUGAUAAAUUGAGGGCGCAUCCUCCCGACGAGGUUGAUCCCGAUGGUCCUCUUGCCAAAGCCAUUGAUGAUCUUGCGGAGCGGGACAAACACGUCACGGAAUUGGGUGUUCAAAUUGCCGAUAGCAGUAAGAGACAUGAAAUGGUAGUAAAGGAGCUUCAGGCGAGACUCGACGAUGCGAGAUUAAAUGCCAGUGGUAUCUCGCCCGAGGGGCUUAGAGCUUUGAGGUGGGAUCUGGCCGAUUUUAAAAGACGGCAUGAGGAUGAUCAAAUCAAGAUUACAAGUCUGGAGGGACAGCUCGAUGCUUCUGAUCGACGUGGUCAGCAUCAGGGGAAACAAUUAGAAAGGUAUAGACACAUUGUCAAGACGGGUGAGGGAACUGCCGCGGCGGCAAGCAGGAAACUCGACGAACAGAGAACAGCUGAGCCUGAGCCCGAGAAUGAAGCAUUGGAAGAAGAGCUGGAUAAAGCAGAGAGGGCAAGAGAAAAGAAAGCGGCGAACGAUAGAAAGGCAGCCGAAGAAAUACAUGAAAAGCAAUUGGAGGAAGCGGCAGCUGAUCAAGCCCUUAGAGAUGAAAGUGUAGCAUCGUUUGAUUCCAAUGAAGAGAUCAAUAAGGAACAUAUAGCCAGAAUUAAAGCUCAAGGAGACUUACUUAGGAAACGGGAUCAAGAGCUCCGAGAUCUCCAAAUACAGUUUAAUGUUGCGCAGCGAACUCAACAGAGUCUCCAGAAACAACGAGAAGGGUUCCAACAACAAAUACGAGAUCUUCGAAGAGAUAAUAGGGGGCUUCGAGAAGCAAAAGAGGAUGCAAAUCUCGGUCCUGCAGAUGAUUCCGACAAGAUCACCGAGCUGGAGGCCCGACUUAACGAGCUGGAAACAGAUCUCGCAACGGGUAAUGAGACUGGUGCUACGCUUCAAUUACAGAGAGAUGCAGCUAUCGCAGAGAAUGAGGAAAAUAAGCAGAGAAUGGCUGAUCUACAGACAGCACAUGACGCAAGUAUGUUACUCCUUUUAUGUUUGUCAUUCCUAUUAUCAUUACCAGUAACUAACACAUAAACUUAGUGGCUGGCGAGGGCCCUAAACUAGGAUUGAAACGUAUCAAGACUAGGAUUGCCAAUCAAGCCAAAGCAACCAAGGCCAGGAAUAUUGCGGCUAGAGAAGCUGAAGAAGCUGAAGAAGAGGCUGCUAGGGAAGAGGCUAGAAAAGCUAAAGAAGCUGCAGAUGAAGCUGCUUGGGAGAAGGCUAGAAAAGCGGCAGAAGAAGCUAAGAAACAGAAACCACCACCUAAAGAUGAUAAGAAUGAUAAAGGUGAUGACGAUGAUAACCAAGGGGCGGCUGGAGGGGCUGCUGAAGGAGCUGGAGGGGCAACUGAAGAUGGUUCUGGAGAGAAUGAUACUGGAGAAGAUCAGGCCCCAAGACCACGUACUACAACCGGGCGGGCCCCUAAAGCAAAGGCAAAAGCACCCGGUAAGGUAAACACAGCUCAACCUAAACCAGCUCCUGAAAGCGAGGUUGAUGAGCCUGACGCCGGUGCCGACGAAUUAGCGGGAAUUCCUUCUCCGACAGGUAGAGUAACUCGAGCCAGAGCCAAGACUCUAGCGUCCAUGACAGUAGAAGAAAAGUUACGACAGGCCGCCGAAGAAAGGCAAAAGCUAGAAGAUGAAGAGAAGGCGAGAGAGGCGGUUGCUCAACAGAAACGGGAAGAAAAAGCGUUGAAAGAUGCGGCAAAGCUAGCCAAAGCCCAAGCGGCAAAGGCUGCUAAAGCUAAGAAGGCUGAAGACCUUGCAGCAAAGAAAGCUCAGAAAGCCGCAGACGAUGCAGCAAAGAAAGCUAAGAAGGAGGAGGAACUUGCAGCAAAGAAAGCUAAACAGGCAGCAGAUCUAGCAGCAAAGAAAAUUCAGAAAUCCAUAGACGAUGCAGCAAAGAAGGUUCAGAAAGCCGCUGAUGAUGCAGCAAAAAAGGCUAAGAAGGAGGAGGAACUUUCAGCAAAGAAAGCUGAAAAAGAAGCGGAAGGUGUGGCGGAAGAACAAGCUGAGGAGGAAGAGAGCAAAGAGGAUGGGAGGAAAGAAGAGAAAGAGAAAGAGGAAGAACCGCCUGCCGAACCACCUCGCAAAAAGUCGAAAGCCAAUACAGGUCGAGCAGCCCCUUCAGCACCAGCACCAGCGCGCAGGAGAAGAAGAGCCCCUAACAGGGCACUCCCAGCUGCAGACGCGGCUUCCCCAACACCAGAGCCAGCAACAGAGCCAGCGCCAGCACCAAGGAGGAGAAGAGUUCCUGCUAGAGCAGCCCCAGACGCAGCCUCCCCAGCACCAGAGCCAGCGCCAGCACCAAGGAGAAGAGCCAAUGCCAGGGCGGCCCCAGCCGCAGACACGGCUUCCCCAGCGCCAGCGCCAAGGAGAAGAAGAGCCCUUGCCAGAGCAGCGGCAGCGGCAGCCGCAGCUCCCGCACCCGAGCCGGAUGAGGCACCUAACAUGAACGAUGCUGAUGAAUUUGAGGUCGAACCGGAUCUAGAAGCAGAGGUAAUCGAAACCGUAUCCGCAAGCGCGACAUUUGCUGCCGAACCACGAAAAUCUAGUUUCGUAACGGUGAGACGGGCUUCAAGACCUAGUGUCACGUUUGAUGAGCAGAAUUAUGUUCGGGAGCCAGAGGAGCAAGAGGAGCAAGAGGAGCUAGAGGAGCAAUUGGAGCCAGAGGAGCAGGAGGAUGAGCUGAUUGCCGAAGGUGACUCGGUGGCCGAGGAAGAUGAGUUUGUGGUCGAGGAGAAUGAGUUUGUGAUGUUCGAGGAUGAUUUGGAGGUGACCGGGGCGAAUAGGGGGGUAAAAAGAAGUUCGCAGGAUCCUGAUUCUCAGUCGGAUAGGUCGAAGAGAGCUAGGAUUUGAUUAGUAAGGUGUUGAUUUAGUUUGAUAUUUAGUCUGUGUUUUAUUUGUUCUUUGCAGUCUUUGACGGCUUUCUUGUAGGAUUUUCUUUUUUUGUAUGU